UUUAAAAUUUAGGUAGAUUUCCAACCUGAUCGUGAACCGUGUUACAGUUACAGUGUUGGUAUAGGAAGAAAAAUGAUGGUGGAGGACCUGGGAGUGGAAGCGAAGGAAUCGGCGGUGCGCGAGGUCGCGAAGCUUCUGCCGCUGCCGGAGCUUCUUCAGUCCAUCGCAUCCAUAAAGGCCGAUUACAUUACUCGCCAACAGGCAAAUGAUGCACAACUUAGUACAAUGGUUGCCGAGCAGGUUGAACAGGCACAAGCUGGGCUGGACUCUUUGUCCUUAUCUGAGAAGACGAUAGACCAACUCCGUGAAAACUUUGUUUCUAUUGAAAAGCUUUGUCAAGAAUGCCAAACAUUAAUUGAAAACCAUGAUCAAAUAAAGCUCCUCAGCAAUGCAAGGAACAACUUAAAUACAACCUUGAAGGAUGUUGAGGGCAUGAUGUCCAUUUCUGUUGAAGCAGCUGAAGCAAGGGAUUCUUUGAGUGAUGAUAAAGAACUUGUUAACACUUAUGAGAGGUUAACAGCUCUUGAUGGGAAGCGGAGGUUUGCAUUAGCAGCUGCAGGAUCUCACAAGGAAGAGGUUGGCAGACUAAGAGAAUAUUUUGAAGAUGUAGAUCAAACUUGGGAGACAUUUGAGAAGACAUUAUGGGGUCAUAUUUCCAACUUCUAUAAACUUUCUAAAGAAAGCCCACAAACUUUGGUUCGUGCUUUAAGGGUUGUUGAAAUGCAAGAAAUCUUUGAUCAACAAGUUGCUGAGGAAGCAGCUGAGGCCGAGGGAGUUGGUGCAAUGGCUUCAGUUUCAAAUCCUCGUAGAACUGCCAAGAAGUCGACCAAUGUAACAACUUCUUCAAAAAAUUUAUCACAUCAGAAAUUGAAUGUUCAGGGGAAAGGCUAUAAGGAUAAAUGCUAUGAGCAAAUAAGGAAGACUGUUGAAGGACGAUUUAACAAACUUCUGACAGAGCUUGUUUUUGAGGACCUUAAAGCAGCGUUGGAAGAAGCUCGAACAAUUGGAGAAGAGCUCGGAGAUAUUUAUGACUAUGUUGCCCCUUGUUUCCCUCCAAGAUAUGAAAUAUUCCAACUCAUGGUAAAUCUGUAUACUGAGAGGUUUAUUCAGAUGCUUAGAUUGCUCGGUGACAGGGCAAAUGAAUUAACAAAUAUAGAGAUUUUGAAGGUAACUGGUUGGGUAGUUGAAUAUCAAGAAAACCUGAUAGGGCUUGGUGUUGAUGACUCUUUGGCUCAAGUUUGUUCUGAGAGUGGUGCCAUGGAUCCCCUCAUGAACUCAUAUGUGGAGAGAAUGCAAGCUACAACAAGGAAAUGGUACUUGAAUAUCUUGGAGGCUGAUAAGGUACAGCCACCAAAGAAAACUGAGGAUGGAAAGCUGUACACACCAGCUGCAGUUGAUUUAUUUAGAAUCCUAGGAGAGCAGGUGCAGAUUGUUCGGGAAAAUAGCACCGAUGUCAUGCUAUACAGAAUUGCCUUGGCAAUUAUUCAGGUGAUUAAGACAAUUUUUCAUGAACAUAUUUGAUAUGUAUUAAUUUCU